AGUACUCUCAUAAGUUUAAAUCACCACUUUUUCCGAUGUAUCUCUUUCGUUGGUUGCAUGAAGACUGUCUUGAAAAUCAAUAGCACUAAUACUGAAUCCUUUCUUUUUUUACACAUGCUUAUUUUAUGCAUGAGACUACAUUGAAUAAUUACGAGAAAGUUUAAUGAAAAAGUUUAUGAAUUCAAUAUGACCCUUUAUUAUAGAAAUUUUCAUAAUGUAUGUAUACGCAAAGAAACUUUAUUCUAAAAUUGGUCGCUGUAAAACUUCAAGAUAUAAACUUUAUCAAGUGAGAAUAAAAAUAGUCUACGUUUGAGAGAGGCUAUUGAACUAAAUUUAUAGUUACGAUGGCAACGACAAAAAAUAUAAACUGGAAUAGCAAUACUCAAUAUGCUUUUGGUCUUUACAAGCUUAUUACAAAAUGUCUUGGAACUUGGCCAUUCGACUGUCAAUCAAUCUUAUCAAAAAUACAAACACUGAUUGUUGUUAUUCUCGAGAUUACAAUGGCAACCAGCAUUCUAUUAGAAUCUAAUCUCAACUGCGGAGUAUUACAUGAUAUAAGCCAAAUGUACGCGCUAAUAGCUUGUUGUUUUAUUGUAAUAGUAAAAUUAGCAACGCUCAGAAUUAAUAACGGAAAAUUUCUCAGAAUUAUGUCAUCGAGUAUAAACGACUGGACGACGAUGCUAGAUCCAAAAGCUUUUGAAAUUAUGAGAAAGAAUGCAAAAUUGGCUCGGUUUGUUUGCCUUUUUCAAAUGAUUUCUGGUUAUCUGACAGACGCUAUUUUUAUUACGGGGCCAUUAAUAUUUCUCACUAUAUAUGACAUGCCUAUUGAUGCUAAUAUGACGAGCAAUUCCUCUGUUCCUAAAUUUCAACCUCUGCCUUUGGGAACUGGAUGUUUAUUUAAUGAAAUGUCAACACAUACAUAUGCUGCAAUUUAUAUCCUACAAUCGAUCCAAAUUUUAUCGACAUGCACUGGUAACGUAGGAUGUGACUGUUACAUUUUUGGGAUAGCUUUACAUGUCGCCGGACAACUCGAUUGGCUAGGAGAACAAUUUCGAACUUUGAAUAUUAAAUCAACUGAACAAGAAUACACGAAAACACUCGGACCUCUUGUAAGAAGACACAAUCAAUUGAUACAGUUUGCAAACGAUUUGGAAGAUUCAUUCAAUCUUUGUAUUAUCCUCAUACUCGCGGUGAAUAUGGUACAAAUCUGUUUAAGUGGAUUGCAGAUGAUCGUAGACUUGCGAAAUGGAGACAUUGCCUCAGUCAUUAAUGGAGCCAUCAUUUUUUACGUGUUUAAUCUUCAAAUUUUUCUUUAUAGUUAUGCGGGUGACCGAUUGAGUUCUGGAAUAGCAAACUUACACACCGCGAUAUACUGUAGUACAUGGUACAAUUUACCACAAAGAAAUAUUAAAGACCUGGUGUUUAUUAUGCUUAGAACUCAUAAAACGUUUAAUUUAACCGGCGGAAAAAUUUAUGCCAUGAAUAUUGAUAGUUUUAAAAAUAUUCUGAAGGCUACUUUAUCGUACUUUUCGGUUAUGCAAGCUAUGUUAGAAGAAUAAAUGUAUAUUGAACUUUAUAACAAUAAACAAUAUGAUACAUAGUCAAAAAUA